GCCUGUUGUGACAGGUCAUUGAAAUUAUGAAACUAUCAUUCAAAUGGAAGCAUUAUAGUUCUUCGGAACCAUUAUGAUCUCAAAAGGAAAGGAGAAUGAUACAGAUACACUGGCUGAGGUGUUUUGAGGUGCAUCGAAGUGUUCCAGCCUGUGGCUUACCUUAACAUGUUCUUGAAGUACCAUGGCGUGGAUUAAAAGAAAAUUUGGUGAGCGGCCUCCACCUAAACGACUUACUAGGGAAGCUAUGCGAAAUUAUUUAAAAGAGCGAGGGGAUCAAACAGUACUUAUUCUUCAUGCAAAAGUUGCACAGAAGUCAUAUGGAAAUGAAAAAAGGUUUUUUUGCCCUCCUCCUUGUGUAUAUCUUAUGGGCAGUGGAUGGAAGAAAAAAAAAGAACAAAUGGAACGUGAUGGUUGUUCUGAACAAGAGUCUCAACCAUGUGCAUUUAUUGGAAUAGGAAAUAGUGGCCAAGAAAUGCAGCAGCUGAACUUGGAAGGAAAGAACUAUUGCACGGCCAAAACAUUGUAUAUAUCUGAUUCAGACAAGAGAAAGCACUUCAUGCUCUCUGUGAAGAUGUUCUAUGGCAAUAGUGAUGACAUUGGUGUGUUCCUCAGCAAGCGGAUAAAAGUCAUCUCCAAACCUUCCAAAAAGAAGCAGUCAUUGAAAAAUGCUGACUUAUGCAUUGCCUCAGGAACAAAGGUGGCUCUGUUUAAUCGACUUCGAUCCCAGACAGUUAGUACCAGAUACUUGCAUGUAGAAGGAGGUAAUUUCCAUGCCAGUUCUCAGCAGUGGGGAGCAUUUUAUAUUCAUCUCUUGGAUGACGAUGAAUCAGAAGGAGAAGAAUUCACAGUCCGCGAUGGAUACAUCCAUUAUGGACAAACAGUCAAACUUGUGUGUUCAGUUACUGGCAUGGCACUCCCAAGAUUGAUAAUUAGGAAAGUUGAUAAGCAGACCGCAUUACUGGAUGCAGAUGAUCCUGUGUCACAGCUCCAUAAAUGUGCAUUUUACCUUAAGGAUACAGAAAGAAUGUACUUGUGCCUUUCUCAAGAAAGAAUAAUUCAGUUUCAGGCCACUCCAUGCCCAAAAGAACCAAAUAAAGAGAUGAUAAAUGAUGGCGCUUCCUGGACAAUCAUUAGUACGGAUAAGGCAGAGUAUACAUUUUACGAGGGGAUGGGCCCUGUCCUUGCCCCAGUCACACCGGUGCCUGUUGUAGAAAGUCUUCAGUUGAAUGGCGGUGGGGACGUAGCAAUGCUUGAACUUACAGGACAGAAUUUCACUCCAAAUUUACGAGUGUGGUUUGGGGAUGUAGAAGCUGAAACUAUGUACAGAUGUGGAGAGAGUAUGCUCUGUGUUGUCCCAGACAUUUCUGCAUUCCGAGAAGGUUGGAGAUGGGUCCGGCAGCGAGUGCAGGUUCCAGUAACUUUGGUCCGUAAUGAUGGAAUCAUUUAUUCCACCAGCCUUACCUUUACCUACACCCCAGAACCGGGGCCACGGCCACAUUGCAGUGCGGCGGGAGCAAUCCUUCGAGCCAACUCCAGCCAAGUGCCCCCUAAUGAGUCAAACACAAACAGCGAGGGGAGUUACACAAAUGUCAGCACAAAUUCAACCAAUGUCACGUCAUCUACAGCAACAGUUGUGUCCUAACUACCGUCUUUUUGCUAGGACUUACACUGACUUGAGUGCGGCAAAAUGUUGACAAAAAAAGAAAGAAAAAAAUGAACAAUCUUUUGUGGUUUCUUGGGAAAACUUUUCAUACCCGGUGAUACUAUUCAAAAACCCCAUUACCUGCAAGUGCUGAUUUGAAGUGCAGAAGCCACAGUAAAACAAACAAACAAACAUCAAAAUGUGCAAACUUUUGGAAAUUGAUUUUUUUCAGCUGUUAUUUUUGUUUGGUUGGCUUUUGUUUGGUUUUGUUUAAAUGGGCAAGAAAUAGAGAUGUGGCUGGAGUAAAAGGUAAUCAAACUAGAAGACGAAAAUCUAACAUAGUUUUUAUGGACCAAGGAACUUGUAUAAGCUUUAGUAAAAGGUACAUUUUCACCAUACCUUUUUUAUAUCACAGUAUAUAUAGUACACCUUUGUUACCAAAUAGGUUGUUCUCCUCCCCACCCCCUUUGAGCUUUUGCUCUUAAGUACAUUCAGGUUCCAAGCCUGACCAUGCUUGUUUAAUCUAAUUGCCAUACUCCUCCAGGUCUUUUUGGUCUAAGGCUGGAACUGUUCUUUUUAUUUUAUUAUUUUCUUUAAAAGCUGAAGUCUUAUGACUUUUCAUGAGUGGAAGGUGUUUUGAUUUCAGCAAGUCAAAUCUUGUAAAGGCCUGCAUAUUUCUUUUAAGAUUAUUUGAAGUCUGUGCAAAAGCUUUAAAAAAAAUGCCUCUGCCUUGCCUGCAAUACAUGCAACGUACGUUGACUUAGUCUCUGUUCUCAGACACCGUUGAUAGUUAUUUCCGUGUGUUCCUUUUUUUAAAAAAAUGUAUUUAUAGUUGUAAUCCAAGAGGUUCUAACAUUUACCUGGAAUUAAAUGUGGCCAUUUAGUCAUUAAUGAGUUAAUGGCGUGGAACAUGUUGGUUUUUACAGUGUUCCCUUCCCUUUUCCUGUGCAGAAAUGUAUCUACGCGGUCCAGGAUUUGUUCAGGUUUUCCCUCCUCCUAAUCUUGUACAUAACUUGUAUUAUGUGUAAGUUAAACAUUUUAUUUUGAAGUUAGAAUAUUCCCAGUGAUUUCAUUCAGCAGGGUGUUUUUCUGCCUUGUUGGCAUAUGGCAAAAAAAUAUCAUCAGAAGUAUUUGCUACCGGUUGGUAGAUGGUGCCCUUAUUGUAUAAUGAGGAAAAUCUCAGCAAAAGCAUGUUUUUAUUUACUUUUUUGUGUGGGGGGUAGCCUAGGCCAAAACAUCAUUGUAACCUUGAAACAAGAUGCUUUUACUAGAUGACCAACUAAAAUAGCUGGAAGACAGUACUUUAGGAACAGAUAGCUGUAAGAUUAUAAAAAUGCAAAUGUACUUUAUCUUUC